AUGGACAUCUUAUACGUCCCGGGCUUCCCAGGCGUCCCGGAGUCAUUUUUUGAACAAAUGCUUAAUGUCCCUUACGAUGAGAAGCUAAGGGAAGCUGACCCGGCACUGGAGAAAUCAGCACGAAAAAUGGAGCUCAAAGUCGUUCGUAAACUAUGGGAGGUAGUGGCGAGUAGUAAGGCGGAUAUCAACGUAAAAAAGGAGGCUAUCGCACAGUUCUUCUCAAAUAAAGUCGACUAUUUGCUACCUCCUAAAUACCCAGGUCCAGCGGGUUUUGAAUACACACGACAUAGAAUUGGGUCCUGGAAGGAAUUAUUGACCUGCCCGCUGAGUAUUCCGGACGACGAUUUAUCUAAGCUGAUCCGAAUGACGCCAAAGAUACCUAACCAGAAUCAUUUUGCGGAAACGGGAGCUGGACGUUUAAUUUUCAUGGUGUCAUGGUCGUUUUCGUUAGCCCAACUCCACCGUCUGAUAGAACAUCUAAAACAGGAGGAGACUAUAUUCGAAGAGUCGCAGACAUGGUUGAAUUUUCUCAUUUCGCGGAAGGGUGGUAACCGUGCUAAUGAUACACCCAACGCUCACAUAACUGUCCGGUAUAUUGGUUCCCGCGCAGUAUCAUCAGACGAUCCGCUACCACUCACGAACACUCAACUGUUGCAUGAGGAGUUUGGCCGUAAUCCUUUCUCUGGAGUUCUCCCAGAGUUUUUAGAGGCAGUAAAUGUGGCCUUGCCGAGUGUGGCAAACGGUGUCCGAGUUUACAUCCUCCCCGACCUCUUCGAUUCGGAACGUAACAGCGAGGUAGUAUUUUGGGAUAAUCUCACAUAUCAAGCAUCACUCGCGGUAUUCGACCUCAAGUCUCUUAUCAACCGCGACGUGGAGCCGCCCUUACUACCUGAUGACUUGCCGAAGGAUGAAUUUAGCUUGCUGGAAACUGUAUAUUGCGGAAGCAAACCCCCGGCUUCAGUAUCUGGCCCCUCGGUUCAUCUACAACCCGAGUUCAAACGGUUGUCACAACAAAUGUACAAAUCUUCUCGGCCUGGAAACAACCAGAACACCUUCCCGAAAGCCAUGAGCUUGGAGGCGCGCCGGAGUCUCAUACAACAGGCGAUCCCUUUCCCUUUCGAACCCGAAGGGGAGCGGCCCCUACUAACGUUUGCUGUAAAAGGCAUCCCUCCUGGUGACAUCUACAACGACAAACAGUACCUCGAGGGGGAAACUGUCGAUGCGUUAAUUAUGAAGAUUCUGAUCGGGGAGGCAAUGUUGCACGGGAAGAAGACUGGUUCAUAUGCCAAUGUUGUCCCCUUUUAUUCCUUUGCGCCUUUUUUUAGACGGUUCGGUCCAGGAUAUGUCAAUGAGUUUACUUCGUAUAUGUGGGAUUACGUCAGGGCCACUCGUCCUGUGAUUUUUGUCACUCUGGGGAAGCGAAUAGCCGAAGUCAUCUGUAAAGCUUCUCGCACAGAUACAGCCGAGGGCACAGAAUCAACCCCAAAACAGGAAUUAAAACUGGGAUCGCCUAGAAUAAUAACCUCAUCAGGAUCAGCUAAAUCAGGAAAAGGCCCCUUCAGCUUCAUAUACAUUCCUCUCCUCGACCCUGGGCGGUACAAGUAUACGACGGCGACGGAGACCCGGAAAGUAUUCCUGUCCUACAUGGCAUAUUCUUUUCAGUACGUAGUCCUAGUAGCGGAUACAGCAAAGAUAUUCAGGGACGAAAUGCGGUCGUCCGGAAACAAGAUAGAUGAGAACAGCGAGGAAUUUUGCGAAGAAAUCAUAUUGCGGGUACGACGUAGACUACAAAGUACACCGGGACGUCCCUUUGUGGAGGGCAUAAGAAAGGCGAAAGCCCUCAUCGCAGAGCUGAUUACCCAGCAGCCGAUUAUGUUUUCCUGAGGAACUUGGACGAGGGACGUUUUGUUCGUAGAGGUGAAUAGGGGAA